UCCUUCGCUCAGGGCCACGGUCAAUAUCAACGUGAAGUGUGAACAAAAGCCACGGUGUCAAAGGCUAUCUGUAGAGGAACAGUUAUAUGGCUGGAGGUCCCAGGGGCCCCUUCUUGCCAGGUUUUCCUUGGGACCCUUCUUCUCCUUGGGGAUCCCAUUGGUGCCGGUAGUCCAGAGUAGUCCCUCUCUCCCAUUGGACCGGGCAGACCAGGGGAACCUUACACAUGGAACACAGGCCAUCUUGACACAACUGUGGGAAGCAUUGGAGCCUUGCAUGGGCCAGCAUCCAGCCAACCUGACACAACUGUGGGAAGCAUUGGAGCCUUGCAUGGGCCAGCAUCCAGCCAACUUGACACAACUGUGGGAAUCAUUGGAGCCUUGCAUGGGCCAGCAUCCAGCCAACUUGACACAACUGUGGGAAGCAUUGGAGCCUUGCAUGGGCCAGCAUCCAGCCAACUUGACACAACUGUGGGAAUCAUUGGAGCCUUGCAUGGGCCAGCAUCCAGCCAACUUGACACAACUGUGGGAAGCAUUGGAGCCUUGCAUGGGCCAGCAUCCAGCCAACUUGACACAACUGUGGGAAUCAUUGGAGCCUUGCAUGGGCCAGCAUCCAGCCAACUUGACACAACUGUGGGAAUCAUUGGAGCCUUGCAUGGGCCAGCAUCCAGCCAACUUGACACAACUGUGGGAAGCAUUGGAGCCUUGCAUGGGCCAGCAUCCAGCCAACUUGACACAACUGUGGGAAGCAUUGGAGCCUUGCAUGGGCCAGCAUCCAGCCAACUUGACACAACUGUGGGAAGCAUUGGAGCCUUGCAUGGGCCAGCAUCCCUGUGGAACACUUUUGACACCUUGUAGAGUCCCUGCCCCGAUGAACUGAAGCUGUUCUGAGGGGAAAAGGGAGGCAUGAAACUCAAUAUUAGGAAGUUGAUCUUAAUGUUUUGUACAAUCAGUGUAUGUUUACAUUGCCAAAGCCACAGA